UGGAUUCGAUAGUUUCACUGGGAAUUUCAAAAACUUCAAUACAGAAAUUCAAGCUCAGGGAGAAAGCUUUAAUGGAGGAAAAUGUCACCCCUACCCUUUGGGGUUGACCUUGCCCUUAGUUUCUCCCUUUUUACUUAGGAUUAUGAAUCUUGGAGACAUGUCGUUGGAGGGUGGGUGAUCGAGGAUGAAGAAGAUGAAGGUGAUGAAUAUUGGUAUUGUAUUAAAUACAACGCGUUGGGAAUCGUGCCAGAAUUUUUUAAAAAUAUUUCUUUAGUUUUAUUUUAGAAAAAGUUACGGCGUUAACUUGAACCGUAACGAGCUAUAUCUGGUGAAUUGAGCUGUGAUCUGGGCCUAGUAAAUCCCCAAGGCAAGUGAAUUUGACACAAAGCUUAACAGAAGACGACCCAAUUGGGCUAACCCAAACCAAAAAAACUGCGCAACACGAAAGCCUGAAUCAAGGCAACGAAAGCCUGAAUCAAGGCAACUAAACUCCCAAAGACCUAAAGAUGGCCUAAGCAAAAAAAAUUUCCCAAUUUCAUACUCUGAAGUCUGAAUAUUGAUUUAUCCAAGCAGGAUUGCAGAAAAAAAUCUCAAUUUUUUUCAUCGAUUCUUUAAUUAAUUGAUACUCCAUUGAAAAAGAACAGAAUUUUCACCAAUGCAGGCGCUGCCCAGAUGCCGCAGCUUAUUAACUUUGCGGAAUUUGCUUAACUUUUCAUCAACCCAAUUUGCUUCUUUCCAUUCAACACCAAUUUUCAAUGAAAAAUGGAAGAACAAAUGGAAUUCUAAUCCUGCUUAGAGUUUCGAAUGUUGGAUAUUCAGGAGAGUUGAAGUCUGUAGAGAAGGACUUCAACGCAGGCUAACAACCAUCUAAAAAUUAUGCCCGAUAUGUGACACGCCAAAAGCGAGCUGAUGCAAAGAAGGCACUUUGGGGUCUCUUAUCUGAAUAUGGGGAGUCAGGAACUUCUUCUCGGAAAGAUGAACAAAAAGCAUAUGGAGCAAAUAAAUGGGAUGCGGACACUGAUGAAAAACCAAAAAACUCUACAAAUAAAGGACGAUCAAAGUCAGAAUCUCGUGCUCAAAAGAUUCGCAACCAUAGAAUGAGACGUAAGUUUCGAAAAGGAUUUACGUCUGAAGAUGAUGAUGAUCAUCCUGAACAUAUCUUUCAAGCUUCUUUUGGAAAUAGAUGGUAUUCAUGGUCAUGGGCAGGAACUUCUCAUAGAUCAACUCCUCCUGGUUUUGACUGGAGAGAAUCAUAUUACAAUACAAGGGAUCAUCAGAAAGAAUGGAAAACAGCAAAUGAAUCUAAUUUAGAAGACGAAGCUUUUAAUGUCGGAUCACGCUCAGAUAGAGCCGUACUUGGUCUGCCGCAAAAUGGUCCUCUGAAGUUAAAAGAUGUGAAAACUGCUUUUCACUCGUCGGCACUGAAGUGGCACCCUGAUAAACAUCAAGGUCCUUCACAGGCCGCAGCUGAAGAAAAAUUCAAAUUGUGCGUGAACGCAUAUAAAUCGUUGUCCAGUGCACUCUCUGGAGCAUGAGCUGGUGGUUCUAUUUUUGAGUUCAUUGUACAUUAUUUGUUUCUUGACAUCUUUGCUUUGGGGAAUAAAUGGAGAUGUACAUUUUGUAAGUCAAUAAUAAGCUCUAUUUUUUACGAUGUUAUUAAGCUGAACGAGAAUGUCCCCAAAUGCUGCAUCUCUAUGCUCUGGCAACUCGGUUAGCUUAUGGGAUGCCUUGCAUCGGUUUUGAAGCGGGUAAUACUUUGAAAUUUCCUUAAAUGUAGGUUACUAUAUUUGAUUUGAUAGUUGAUACUAACUUCAAACCUUGUUAACAUUUGAUUAUCAUAA